AUGAAGGAACAGUGGAGUUUAAAGUACGACGAGAGGAAGACCAUCACACCAGAGUCAUCAUCACUGGGUUCUGGCUCUGAGGAAGAGGAGGGUGAGGAGAAUGAGGAGGAAGAGUCCAGCAGCCAGAGUGAGGGAGAGAAAGGCGAGUCAGGAUCAGAGUCUGAGGGGCCGAACACAGCGAGGUGUCCUGAGCGACGAAGAGCGUCAGAGGAGGAAGAGGAGGAGGACCGAGAGAGGAACCACAUUCCUCCCAUUCCCGAGUCUCGGUUUGAUCACGACUCUGAGGUGAGCGUUGAGGAAGAGGAGGCCGAGGAAGAAGAGGAAGAGCCGGUCGACGUCACGCCUCAGUCUCCGUCUCACUCGGCCACUCCCGAGGAGAACUACAUCCCCGAGUCUCCUCCCAUCUCUCCUGUGGAGCUGAAGAAGCAGCUGCCCAAAUACCUGCCCGCUUUACAGGGCUGUCGGAGCGUGGAGGAGUUCCAGUGCUUGAACCGCAUCGAGGAGGGCACGUAUGGAGUGGUGUAUCGGGCCAAAGACAAGAAGACGGACGAGAUUGUGGCCCUGAAGCGUCUGAAGAUGGAGAAGGAGAAGGAGGGCUUCCCCAUCACCUCUCUGCGGGAGAUCAACACCAUCCUGAAGGCCCAGCACCCCAACAUCGUCACCGUCAGGGAGAUCGUCGUCGGCAGUAAUAUGGAUAAAAUCUACAUUGUGAUGAAUUAUGUUGAGCAUGACCUGAAGAGUCUGAUGGAGACCAUGAAACAGCCCUUCCUGCCUGGCGAGGUGAAGACCCUGAUGAUCCAGCUGCUCCGGGGCGUCCGGCACCUGCACGAUAACUGGAUCCUGCACCGCGACCUGAAGACCUCCAACCUGCUGCUCAGCCACAAGGGCAUCCUGAAGAUUGGAGACUUUGGUCUGGCCCGAGAGUACGGCUCUCCGCUCAAGCCCUACACACCUGUGGUGGUCACGCUGUGGUACCGGUCACCUGACCUGCUGCUGGGGGCAAAGGAGUACUCCACGGCCGUGGACAUGUGGUCGGUGGGCUGUAUAUUCGGGGAGCUGCUCACACAGAAGCCGCUGUUCCCGGGAAAAUCUGAGAUCGAUCAAAUUAACAAAAUCUUCAAGGACCUGGGCUCCCCCAGUGAGAAGAUCUGGCCGGGCUACAGCGAGCUCCCAGCGGUGAAGAAGAUGACUUUCACAGAGUAUCCCUACAACAACCUGCGCAAGCGCUUCGGUGCGCUGCUGUCCGACCAGGGCUUCGACCUCAUGAACAAGUUUCUGACGUACUGCCCUGCGAAGCGGAUCAGCGCUGACGAGGCGCUCAAACACGAGUACCUGCGCGAGACGCCGCUCCCCAUCGAACCCUCCAUGUUCCCCACCUGGCCGGCCAAGAGCGAGCAGCAGCGCGUGAAGAGAGGGACCAGCCCGCGCGCGCCCGAGGGAGGACAGUUCAGCCAGAUGGGUGAUGAUGACCUCAAAGACACGGGUUUCCACUUGACCAGCGCGAACCAGGGCGCGUCCAAAGCCGGUCCGGGGUUCAGCCUGAAGUUCUGAUCGGAUCUGCGUCUGUGUGCUCGCUGGGUUCCUCUGAACGCGUCUGUCCUGACGCUGAGACUCUCUGAGAGCGGUUCACUGAACUCACACACACACACACUCUGGGGAAGCGUCGAGGACCUCCGUGAAGCUGGACUGCUCCACAUUCCUCAUGCUCCUCUGAAAUAUAGUGUGUCUUCUUUUGUCCAGCGUUCUCGGACCUCUUAUUUUUCUCUCCAUCUGCGUUGGUAGUCGAGGAGAUCAAAGACUCUUUUAGUGAAAUAUCAAUAUAAAAUAAAACUGUUUUGAAAACUUUAA